AUGAAGAACAUUUUCACACACUCAAUUCCGGUGGCAAUCCUCGCAUCGAUCGCUGCUGUGUCUUGCUACCCGCAAGGCGAUCCUGCCACACCCGAAAGCUACGAUUAUCUGUGCACAAACGUCGUCAUCGGAAUACGGGAACACCCGGAGAGCUGCGAUCGUUACAUUGCGUGCAACAAGUUCGAGGCGCAAGAAGUCGUCUGCCCCGAGGGACAAGUAUUCUCGAGGGAACUGAUUCUCUGCGUGGAUGGUGAUCCAAGCGGGUGUCUGAAGCAGGAUCCUACAGAGGAGGUCGUGACGUGUCCCGAAGGAUUCGUAGGACGAAUGCCGUAUCCGGGAGAUUGUGGAAAGUUCUACAACUGUGCUGACGGAACUGCCAAGGUUGAGACAUGUUUUGAGGGAUACAUUUUCUACGAACAGAUGAAAGUUUGUCUGCCUGGGUACGAAUUUGAGGGAGAGUGUAAGUUACAUAGUCUGGGAUAG